AUGAGCUUAAAUCCCAAUUUCAAUCCAAAUGCACCUGGCUCCCCAGAAUAUAUGAACGAGUCAGGUGAAAAUAAAAACACACACAAUUUUAGUAAUAUAAAUAAUACAUAUGCAUAUAAAGAAAAUUAUUACAAUAAAACUGGACCAAACACUGGCUUGAUUAGAAAUAAAAAUGAAAUACAAUAUCAAAAACAAAAUGAUCAACAUAUUCAAAAAAAAAUAACAAUAAUAAAUAAUGGAGAAAAUUAUCCAGUUAAUGAAACUAGCGGUAUUACUAAGGACGCGGAAAACAUAAAAAAUUCUACAAUAUUAACAAAAAUAGCUAAAAAAAUGGAUGAAAAAAAUACAGAAAAUUUUAAGAGUAUUACCCAUUUUGCUAAAUAUUUAUUUUUUAUAGCAAAAAAAAUAGGUACAAUACAAAAUAAAAAUAAUUCAAAAUCUCAAAAUACACCACAUUUUAAUGAUGAAGUUCAAAAAAUGUUAAUAAAACAUUUAAUAUACAAAUUAAAUAAAAUAUUAUCGUCACUUAUAAAUUAUAAUAUUCUAGAUUAUAAUGAAACUACAAAUAUAAAAAAUGAUAUCGAAUAUUAUUGUUUGAAAAAUAGUAACUUAACAUUAAACAAAAUAAGGGUUAUGCUAAAAAAAUUAGAGGAUAGUAAAAUUAAUUAUAAAUAUAUACUUCAUAUACUUUUAAAACUUAAAAUAUAUCAAGAAGAAAUAGAAGAAAAUGAUAUUUCACAUAUUAAUGUAAUUGCAAGUUCACAUACUAGACAAAUAGUGCCAGAACAAGCUGAAAAAAAUGAGGCAAACAUAGAAAAUCUCAAAAUACCUGACCAUAAUGUUAAUCAAAAUAAAAUAAAUAAUAAUCAACUUACAAAAUCAUAUGAAAUAGUUGAACAAACUAAUAAUAUUCCUAAUUUAUAUAAUGAGCAAAAUAUUAUUUCUAUACAUAAAGGCCAAAAUAAUAAUGUUAGUGAAAUAGAAACAAGCCAAUCCAAAAUAAAACCUGUAACCACAAUUAUAGAAAAUGAUAUGAUUCACAAAAAAAAUUUCAUGAACAAAAGUAUAUUUGCAACAAUUAUAUUAAACAAUAAAUUUAAUAGUUUAGAUAUAGAUGAAAAUUUAUUAUUAAGAGAUCUAAUAUACCCACUCCAAGGAAUAAAUGGUGAAUAUAUAAAAUUUAAUAAAAUAGAAAAUACUUUUUGUGUUUAUAAUAGAAAAGUGAGUAUUGGAAUGCAUCAUUUUAUUACUAAUAUAAGUAAAGUAGGUAUUUUAUUUAGAAAAUUACAAAAAUAUAUUAAUACUUUCACUAAUGAAAUGGUUAAUAAUGGAAGUUCGACAUUUAAUGCUUCAAACUAUUUUGACAAUUUUGAAGAAAAUGGAAUAUCUACCAAUAAAUUUCAAGAAAAAACAGAAAAUACAGCCAUUAUAAAAUCAGAAAAAACUAAAAUUAAUAAUAUAGAAAAUAGCCAAAAUAAUAUUGAGGAUAAUUUCAGUAGUGAAGAAAGCGAAAUCAAUCAUGAAAAUACAAAUAAUAUAACAGAAAAUGAAGGAAAAUAUAAUAUACAAAUAUUAAGACGAAAAAAAGGAAGUUUAGUAAUAGAUGCACUAUAUCAAAUAGUUAGGGAAUAUCUAAAUGAAUAUUAUAAAUUGCUAUCGCAUAUUGAAAGUGAAAUAAAUGAACAUAUACAUAAAAAUACAGUAUAUAUAGGAAUAAAAGUUUUAUAUACAUUAUUACAAGAAUCAUAUAAAAUAUUAAGAGUGUUAAUAAAUGUAAUAGAUGAAUCACAAAGGUCUACAGGAUGCCAAUUUUUGUCUUUUGUAUAUUCUAAAUCGCAAGUUUACGAUUAUGACGAAGAAAAAAUUUAUAAAAAGAUUCUACAAAAAUGUACUAAACCAAUAAAUUUAAUAUUAAAACAAUGGGUUGAAAAUGGAAUACUAAAAGAUAAAUUUAAAGAAACUUUUAUUUCUUUAAAUAAUAAUAUCACUUCUGAACAAAUAUGGAUGUAUAAAUUUGUUAUAAAUAUGAAUAAUAUUCCACUUUUUCUUAGUACAACGACAGCUAAGAAAAUUUUGUUAAUUGGAAAAUGUGUUUAUCUUUUAAAUUAUCUUAGCUUAAAUAAUACAAAAUCUGUAAAUUGGGGAAUUUCUGAUAAUAUACAUGAUAUAAAAUUAGAACAAGAAAAUAUGUUUUCACAAAUUAAAGAUAGAAACGAUUUUUUUGAUAAUCCAUCAUCUAUUUCACCAAAUGCAGAUAUAUUUUCUAUUAAUGAUUUUCAUACAUAUAUGGAAAAUAUAGAUAAUUAUAUAAAACAUUUAUCUAAAAAAAAAAAUCAAGAAUUAUUUUCAUUACUUAUAAAACAAUAUGGAUUAUAUGAGCAUUUUAAAGCAUUUAGGCAUUUCAUACUUUUAGUAGAUGGUGAUUUAUUUGAAAAUAUUUUUGAAAAUAUGAAAACAGAUUUAUAUAUGAAUGCAGAUGAGUUAAAAAGACAUUAUCUAAAUAAUAAAUUAGAAUUAUGUAUAAAAUCUUCUUCAAUAUUUACAUCUAAUAAAAAUAUAAUUAAAAAAUUAAUUAUUGAAAAAUUUAAUGCAAAAAGAGGAGAUAUAGGAUGGGAUAUAUUAGUACUAGAUUUUGUAGUUGAAAAACCUUUAGACAUAAUUUUUACAAAUAAAAUUAAAAAUAUUUAUAAAAGUAUAAAUGUUUUAUUAAUUAAAUUAAAAAAAAUACAAUGUGAAUUAUCAAAUAUAUGGUAUCUAUUUACACAUCUUUUUAAAAUUAUUAAUUUGAUAUAUUAUAAUUCAGUUUUUAUACAUUGUAAUAUUAUAAGAAAUGAAAUGUUUCAUUUUAUUCAAAAUAUUUUAUCUUAUUUUUAUUAUGAUGUUAUAGAUAUGAAUUGGUAUGAAUUUAAAAAAAAAAUUUUUACAUGUAAUGAUUUAGAUAUGUUAAUACAUGAGCAUUACAAUUAUGUAACUCAAAUUCAAAUAGAUUUGUUCCUUGGAAAUUACACAGAUUUGUUUAAUUCAAAAUUUUCUCAAAAUUCAGAUAAUAUAAAUGGAACCCCUUUUAGUAAUAUAUUUGAGGAUGAUGCAAAUAAUUAUUUAGGUUCGUCUUUUUCGAAUGAAAUAAAUGGGACUUAUUCUUCCCCAACUUUACAUGAAAAUAUUAAAAAUAAUAAAAAUGAGCAAAAUAAUUUUGAAAAUACAACUACUAAUACAAUUCCUCAAAAAAAUAUGGAAAAUGAAACACUAAUUUGUUUAAAUAAAAUUCUAGAUAUAAUUUCUCGAUUUAUAAAUCUGACUAGUUCAUUAAUAUCAACAGUUUGUGAAAAUUAUUCAGAAAUUAAAUCGUUAACUGAAAAAAAGAGACAACAAAAAAUAGAUCAAAACACAGAACCCAAUACAGAUCCUACUAUUAAUGAUAUAGAUAUAGAUUAUAUUAAUAAUUAUAUAAAUUAUAAUAUUAUUGGUGAAAAAACAAUUAAAGAUAUUAAAAUGUUAUUAAAGUAUUAUAGAAAUUAUAUUUAUAAAUUUAUUUGUCUAUUACUUAGUGAAAACAAAUAUUUAUAUAUCCAUUCAAAAAACACAAAAAGAGAUAAGUUAUAUUCCCUUCGUCUUUUAGCUUCGCGUCUUGAUUUUAAUCUUUAUUAUGUAAAUAUUUCAAAAAUUAUGGAUUCACAAAAAAAUAUAAAGCUAAAUAUUUCUAAGCAAAUAAACAUGAUAAACAAAUAA